AUGUGUUGCCUGCUGACGACCCAGAGCCAGAACUGCUACCGGGAACAGAUCCAGAAGGAGAUGUUUACCCGUUUGGCCUGGAAGAGCCGCUACGCCAAACUCUACCCGUCCUGCGACAAUCCCCGAAAAAACAGCACAGACUCGACACAGCUGCCCCACCUGCCUGCUGACCCCCAGGCUUUCCUGCCUCCUGUCACCAGAACACCUGAGAAGAAGAGUGUCCCUCCUCUUCCUCCUCCUGUGCUCUCUAUGGAAGGGGAGGGGCGACUCAAUGUGGCCCCUCUGAUGAGGCCAAUUUCCCCCAAGACCAGACAGGCUCUCUAUCAGGAUUCCUCUCACCACGAGAAGGGGCGGAGUCUCUACCUGCAGAGACGUGGCCUGAUGAGACCUGAGGAGAAGUUUGACUUUCCUCUGCUGUCGUCUUGGGAGUACGGCUGGAGGCUGGGUGACUACACUCUGGAUUACAGAACUCCACCCCACGCCAGGUCGUCAGUGGUGAAGAACACUUUCUACGCCAGGAACGGCGUGUUCAGCAGCCCGUCGGCUACCGACACACCUGGUGUGUGAUUUUAGAGCAGCUAAAAGUCUUUCAUGUGAUAAACACCAUUCCUGUUUGUUUUAUGACACAACUUUAGUUUUAAUGGCAAAUAGUGCCAACAAAUCCCCCAAACACCCCCACUACCCCGCUCAUGUCAUCACUGUGGGAUUUGGUGGUACUAUAACCCAUUUUGGGAUCAUGACAAAUGGCAAAUUUUGGGAGCCCGAUAUAAAAUGUUGGCAUUUGGGAUUGCUAUAACAAAAUUAGGGAGUGCUUCCCUUAAAAUUACACAGUAUUUUGUUUUUAUGAGGCUUUUUGAAUUUUAUGAGGUUAAUUAUUUUGUGUUUGAGAGAUUUUAUUCUGACUUCCUCCCACACAGAAA